CUGGGAGCUCGUCCAAGGAAAAAAAAAAAACCCCCCAAGAGACAACUCCCAUAUAAGAAUCUCGCACACAAGGUUGGUCGUCUUGUUGGGCUUCAAUAGUGGUCCUUGAGACAACGAAUUCGAGCCCAGAAUACUUCAUCGCUCUUCCCGAGAGCCGUCUCCAUAACACCGUGGAGGCGAUUCCAUCAUGUACUAUCUUGGGCACUCGCACUCCUCCGUCAGAUAUAUUGGCUUAUCCUGCUCUCCUUGAACUGUGGCGGACCGCAUUCUCUCAUAUACUCACGCACGCACGCACGCACCUAUAUACUCUCCUCCCCUUCGACGGUAUUUUAAUCUUCUUCCCGUGCCGGGCCCCCCUCGCAGCCGAUCGUAACCGCCGCUCCCUCUCCGUCUUCGCCUUUCCACUACCCCCCUUCGUCCUCGCCUUAGUUGUUCGAGGUCUAGGUCCUAUCUCCGCCAACAUGAUCGCUUCAUCGUCGCGAAGGCGCAAGACCGCGAGCACGUCGAACGUCAUGUUUACGAACGCCGUGUACUUCCCGAACUACAAGAUAUACGCCGGCGCGACGCCUGGGAUGAUGAACUACGCCUGCGUGAACCAUGUCUACUACGCCUUCGCCAAUGUGGCAGCGGACGGAUCCGUGUUUCUAAGCGACGAGUGGGCAGAUACCCAAGCUCCCUGCGACGGAGUUCAGGGCGGCCUCGGGUCCUUGAUGCACCUGAAGCAGAAGCACCCGCAUUUGCAGGUCACCCUGUCCAUCGGCGGCGGGACGUCGAGCGAGACGUUCCCGAUAGUCGCCUCCGACACCCUGUUGCGAGAUAACUUCGCGCGAUCGGCACGAGGCCUGGUGGAGGCAUCCGGCCUCGAUGGCAUUGAUAUCAACUGGGAAUACCCGAUGGAUCCGCAGCAGGGCGCCGACUUUGUCGCGCUCCUGGCCAGCGUGCGGCUCCACCUGCCGGAGGAGCAGUUCUUCGUGACGGCGGCGCUGCCGGCGGGGCGGGCGGUGCUGCAGAACAUCGACGUGGCGCAGGCGGCGGCGUACCUCGACUUCGUGAACCUGGUGGCGUACGACUUCUGCGGGCCGUGGACGCACCGCAGCGGGCACCAGGCGCAGCUGUACGCGAUGCACAAGGAAGAGGCGUCGGGCGGGGCGGGCGUCGCGUACCUCGUCGGCCACGGCUGUCCCGCGCGCAAGAUCCUGCUCGGCAUCCCGCUCUACGGCCGGAGCUUCCUCGGCGUCACCGGCCCCGGCCACCGCCACAAGGGCGCCGGCGGCGAGGACGGCGCCUUCGAGUACAACACGCUGCCGCGCAAGAACGCCAAGGAGGGCGUCGACCGCCGCGUCGGCGCCGCGUUCUGCGUCGGCGGCGACGGCGGCUUCGUCACCUACGACAACCCCGACACCGUCAAGAUGAAGGCCACCUUCUGCAAGCAGAAAGGGCUCGGUGGUUUAUUCUACUGGACCGGACCCGCCGACUCCCGGGACAAGUCUCGUAGUCUGAUCGCGGCCGGGUUCCGGGCGCUACACAGCUCGUGACGCCGUGCUCCCAACACCUCCGAAACUACAUACCUACUCUCACCACUCGACGAACGGACGGACGGAGUUGAGAUUGCGUGGUCUUUUCUUUGUGGCAUUUAUUGGCGUCGUUCAAUCUAUUUUCAGCAUUCCCUUAUCUUCUUCACGCGGCAUUC